AGUCAAAAACAAAUAAUAUUUAAAUAAAAUCUCCCAUUCAGCUCCCCACAUAUUUUAUUUGUUUAUUCUUCCUUUUUUUAAGUGUGUGGCAGAUUAGGAAUUGAAUAUUUCAAGUGGUAAGAGGCCCCCUCUCCACACUAUCUCUCCUGGCACUUUUUGGACACUACAAAUUCUCGCCCCAACCUCCACUUAUCCCUCAUGUUCAAUCUCUUCUCUUCCUCUUUCCUCUCCCCCAAAAAGAAAGAAAAAAAACCCAAAACCCUCUUCAAUUUAAACCUCAAAGCUUUGGCUCCUCUGUUUUUUGCUCUGCCUCUAUACACCGAUUGGCUGUCUCAUUUCUUACACCUUUUUGUUUGUUUUGUGUCAUAAAGGUUUAGUCUAGUUAAUUAUGGCAACUAUAGUUUGCCAAGGUUUGCAAUCUUGUCUUGAGUCACAAUUAGUAGAGUCAAGAACACUAAGACUAAGAUUAUCUUCACCAAAACCCCACUUCUCUCAAUCUCUUGAAUUAGCCUUGAAACCUUGUCCUUUAGACUGUAACACUAAAGAAGUUAGGGAAAGACGCCAUCAUGAUGAAGAUAAACAAACAUCUUCAUCUUCCUUCCAAAAACCUGAUAUGGGCGGCUGGAGUUUCCUUCAGGCUUUACCAAACACCUCCAAAGAAUCAAUGGAGAAAGAAAACGUAUAUGUCCAUCCUCUAAUAAAGCGCAACUCAUCAAUGCUUAGUGAGAAGAGCUUGGAAUUAUGCACUGAAAAUUUAGGUAGUGAAAGUGGGACGAUUGAUAUAAUUGACAACAGCAUUUUCUCAUCAUCAUUGUCUUCGUUGCUGUCAGAAUCAGAAACAGGAAAUUCUCCAACAAGGGAACAACAACAGCUACAAGCUCGUCAACUUUUGGGGGCUAAGAAAGCGAAUUGUAUUCGUAGUUUUCCACCUCCCUUAACAACGAUUAGUGGAUCGGAAUCUCUACAAGUCAGGCCUCACCGAGAGGAUGGUAGGUUGAUAAUCAAAGCUGCAAAGGUCCCAUCAAGACAUUCACAUUUCCAAGCUGACAGAAGCGAAGGCCGCCUUCGACUACGUUUCGUCGAAGAUUCAGCUUCAAAUUUUGACUUAGAUGAAGAAAAUAAAGCAACAAGUACACUCAAGAAUGACGAAAGAGAUGCCAUCAUUAAUUCUGAUGAAGUAGAAGAAGUGGAGGAAGAAGAAGAAGAAGAAGAAGAAAAAGAAGAGCAAGAAGAGGAGGAUUAUGAAGCAGAGAAUAGUGCAUACUUCGGAAAGGAGAUGGAAGGCAAUAAUUUGGCUGCUGGGGAUGAAAUAGGAAAAGAAGAUCAGUUUCAAAGACCAAGAAGGUGCAAAGAAGGUGGUGAACUAGAGAACAAAGGAUUGUUAAAUUGGGAGCUUUUUUGGGUGGCUACAUCUUAAAGUUUUAUUUUGGAUCUCUCUUUCACAAACGUUUAGUUUGUCCCUUUCCCUUUUUGUUCUUUUUUUCUUCUUUUCCUAAUGAAUUACCCUUUUGUUCUUUUA